UCUUUUUCCCCCUCGUCCUCUCGGGCGGGCUUUGCCCUCGAGGUUUCUUCUCCGCCUCGGGCUGUGCCCGCGGGGACUCUGUGAAGCCUCCCUGCCUUCCUUCUAGGUCCCGUGACUCUCGGCCCUUCUUUCCGCGGACUCAGGCUCGGGCCACCCCACCCCCUGGGCCCCAUUGGCCAGUCUAGGCUUCAGGCAGGUUCUGUCGGUCUCCCGGGCAACGGCAUCAACAGAGGGGGCGGUGGAGCAGGGAGACCGCAGAGGAGGCCAGAGGCCAUGGCCGGCCUCUCUCGGCCCUCGCACUACGGCCCCCUGGGCAGUCCCGUCGAGGGGCCUGGCGGUCGGAGGCCCCCGCGGCCAGACUGGCGACAACUCAGCAGCGGUGUGGGCGUCCCCCCCGGGUCGGGCAGCGUCGCCCCCUUUCCCCCGCCUAUAGUGCGGAGCACGGUACCCGAGACCCUCCCGCCAGGGGCUGAGCAAGAAUCCUGCCUCCUGGACUUCGAUGAGCUCCUCAACCGCUGGGAGACGACGUCGGGCGCAGCGUACGUGCCCAAGACUCACGGGGACAUCUACGGGCAGCCCUCGUACCGGCUCACGCCCAUGAUCGAUCGAGCCGUGGGGAUCAAGGACCUGGGAGACAAGAUCAAGGCCCGGCCCUUCCGGCGCCCCUUGACCAUGGCGUACCAGAAAAGCGAGACGCGGGACAAGUACCAAGGCUGGCCCAAUCUGGGCCCCGAAACCAUCAUGCGGGUGGGCCCGCAGCCCUGGGAGCUGGCCGAUCACCACGCCCAGGGGCCCAGCCAGGCCAUGAUCCCCACCACCAAGAACCCGGUGCUGGCCGGGAAGCCCUUCUACAUCUCAGACCAGGGAGUGCUCGACCGCCAGCAGCCCUACAUGACCACGACUGCCCGAACCCACCGCCUCUUCACCAAGAAGCAGCUGGGCAUCUGCCGCCUAAAGAGUGUUAAGAAGACCUUGCAGCAGAGCUGCGCGGAGCUCAACAGGCGGUCGGUGAAGCCUCUACCCCGUGCCACGGGCGUCAGCCAGACCCAGUCCAGAGUCCCCCAUCGAGGGGCCCUGUCCCUGACCCAGGAGUCCUUCGUGGCCCCCCAGCACCCCAUGAGCCUGCCUGACCGCUUCUGCCCGCUGGAAGCUCCCUGGGUGGACCAGAGGCAGGCCAUCCCCAGCCUGCAGACCGUGCCCCACGUCUACCGGACCGAAAACUCCCGCUAUGGCAGCCUGAAGCCCACCUUCGUCUGAA